AGAUUGUUAAGGUAAUAGCUGCGACUAAGGAGUCAGUUCUUCAGUGGACGUGACACCGAACGCAUGUGCAUAAGAGGUGCUCCUAUAUCCGAAAAAUAAAUAAAAUACCCAUUUCAAGUUUUGCUGAAGUGCCUGUGGUUUUCUGUGACUGUGCUCGAUACAUCUUGCCUGAAGUGCUUAAAUAUGCAGAGAUUGAUUGACGAGAGGAAGUUCGAUGGCAAGGAGGAGAAACUGGAGAUUCAGGAGCCCGAUAUGGCAUUUUCAUCUACGCCAAUGAAGGAAUUCUUUCGCGGCAAGAAGGUCCUCAUCACCGGGGGGACAGGUUUUAUUGGGAGACUUCUUGUGGAGAAACUCCUCAGAGUUGGGGUCAGCAUGGUUUACCUGGUGGUGAGACCAAAGAAAGCUCAGGUCGCCAAACAGAGACUUGAGGAGCUGAGCCAGGGAGCUAUCUUUGACCGUUUGCGGUUGCUGGAUCCUCACUUCACGGAUCGCAUAUGUCCCAUUGAGGGUGAUCUGUGUUUGCCGGAUCUGGGACUCGAUCGUCCAAGUGUGGAAAUGUUGGAGGACAAUGUAGAGAUUGUCAUUCAUGCUGGUGCUGAUGUAAGAUUCGAUGAGACCCUGGCAGCGGCCGUUCAGGUGAACAUCCGGGGCACCAGAGAUAUUCUGGACAUGGCUGUGCGGAUGAAGAAACUGGAGGUAUUUGUUUACGUGUCCACGGCGUACUCAAACUGCCCACGUCGAGAGGUAUAUGAGAAGUUCUAUGAUCCCCCAAUGGAUCCAUACAAGAUGAUCGAAUUGGUGGAUCGUGUUGAACGUGGUGAGGUCAGCGCUGAUGACCUGCUAACCCUUACACCGAAGAUAAUCAAUCCCUGGCCCAACACUUACUCUUACACGAAAGCACUAUCUGAGGACAUGGUCAAGGACUAUGGUGAACGGUUGCCCAUUGCUGUUGUUCGACCUUCCAUCGUUAUUGCCACGCACUCGGAUCCAUUUCCGGGAUGGAGUGAAAAUGUCUAUGGUCUCAAUGGGAUUCUGGUGGCAUGCAGUUUGGGUCUCCUCCGAGCCCUACACCUCAGAAGUGACUACGUAGGGGAUGUCAUUCCUGCGGACUUUGUCUCAAAUACAGUCCUUGCUGUUGCAUGGCUCACAACUAAGGAAAAAUCUGAUAAAGUAGAAGCAGAAAGGGAGGAAAAACAUCCCUUCCGGACAAAGAUCUACAAUUGCACCAGUUCUGCUGAUAAUCCUAUAACAUGGGGACUCGUGAAUGAUUCUAUGUACAAAAUCUACGAAUGUUAUCCACCAAAACGCGGUCUUUGGAUUAAUUGCUUCACAUAUACUCGCCACAAAUUACUCUACACGCUUAACGUCAUCUUCUACCAUGUACUCCCAGCAAUUCUUCUAGAUGUGAUCUUUAAGUUUGGAGGCAAGAAAUUGCGUCUUCUUCCAGUUUAUCGGAAAAUUCAAAAAUUCACAGAAGCCCUAUCUUACUUCACGACAAAUGAAUGGAUGUUCUUCAAUCACAACAUGAGACAUUUGUACAAGAGCCUCUCUUCUGAGGACUAUGACUAUUUCCCAUGCGAUGUGAAGAAGAUGAUUUGGCUGGAAUAUAUUCAUGACUAUGGUAAGGGAAUGCGACGACAUAUUGGCAAGGAAACCAUGGAUACCCUUCCCGAGGGACGCAAGAGGAUGUUCCGAAUAACAAUUCUUCACAAUAUCAUCAAAACGGGCUUCUAUCUCUUCUGGGCUGCAGUUAUCUACUUCAUCCUUCGCUUCUAUAGAAUUAUAGAUCCCAUCAAUUUUUCGGGUAUAUUCAUGAGAAGUGAUUAAUUCUACAAUUUUUCUCUCAUCUGUGAGAUAAUUCUCUCUCAUCUAAUGGGACUUGAGAGUCCAGUAAAAAAAAUUCUUAAACCAUAAUUCUUGAUACAUUUUUGGAGCACUUUCUGAGGCUGCUGGUAUAAAAAAAACUCACUCCCUUGCUCCAAGGAAACUCAAUUUAAUUAGUUCUGUAUGGAAAAUGUUUUUCAUUUUUAAUAUCAGAGGUAUAAAGGACGAGAAAACUAGAUAGGAUAAAGAUUUUUAUUGUAAAACUUAAAGUUGUAAUAGAUUUAUUCUUUGAAAAAAAAUUAAACUUUGAAAUCUACAUGUUUAAACAAUAUUUUAAAUUAUAUUAUUGCUUUAAAUUUUUAUUACGGCCUAACAUUUGAAUAAAAGUGUUUUAUUUAUUAAUUUUUACAUAACAUUUUGUUUUAUAGAGUAUAUCUAAUUUUUCUAUUGUCCAAGACCUUUCCAACUCUGUUAAUUAUUAAGCAUCACCCUGAAAAAUUCCCCCCAAAAGCGAGAAUUUAAAAUUCUCAGCAUGGUUUAAAGUUUUAAAUACCCCUGUUUAAACUUUUACUCCAACGCUAAUUUAUUUAGGAAGCUUUUAACAUUAAGAAUUUUUCUUUUACAUAUUCCUCUCUAUUCCAAUUAUUUAUAAUAAAAUUUUGCACAUACUGAAUACAAAAUGAGGCACUUGUAAGAAGAAAAUGUGAAAAAAUACUUCAUGCUGAUUAAUUUUAUUUUUGCAAGGAAAGUAAGCGAGAUGAAGCAUUAUCUGAAAUGGGUGAUUUUAUAGGGAUAUGUUUCCAUUAUAGUUUUGUAUGUAAAGAAAUACAUAACAAAAAUAAAAAAAUACUUAAAAUAAA